GGGUGUUAGACGUGGUAGCUAUACAUGCGGUGGCUUGGUCAGCGAUGGUUGCACACCCGUCGUCGCCGCCGCCGGAAGCUUAUCUCCUUCCCUCUAUCUCGCUAACACAAACCGCAAUGGUCACUUAUUAAUCUCUUCUCUCGUCGACUCCCACCCUACUCCGGCAACCACUUCCAUUUCAAAAGUCCAACUCCAAACUCCUCUUCCAAGCGGCGCUUGAGCUCGGCGGCCGGUCAGCCAUGGCUUCCCACCCAUCGUCGCCGCUGCCGGAACACCCUAUACCACCCGCUCCCACCACCAUAAGUGACCUCGGCGACGACCAGCUCCAAGAGAUCCUCAUCCGCCUUCCCGACCUCCCCAGCCUCGCCUCUGCCGCCUUCACCUGCCACGCCUUCCUCGGCGCCGUCCGCUCGUCCCGCGCCUUCCGCCGCCGCUUCAUCGCGCUCCACGCGGCCCCGCUCCUCCCUCGCUUCCUCUCACACACAAUAACUGCCUUCCCGGCCUUACGGCGCUCCUCCGCCAGAUUCACUCCACUCAAAGACGAUGACACUUCCGAGUGGGUGGUCAAUUUCUCCGAUCCUUCGAUUGCCUACAACGGCUCCAUCGCCAUCAAACACCGGAGCACCAUGCAGGGAGUUUGGUACAACCCCCAAAUGAUGGCCCUGUUUCUCCGCCCCAAGGAGCACCACGACUUGCCCGACGGCACCAUCCUUCGGUUCCACACAUUCUCCUCCGAAGAUGAUCAGAGGCCGUCCCGUGUGGUAUGUGUCCGUCACGACUACUCACGGCCUUGCGCGCGCGUUGCUGUCUUCUCAUCGGACACCAUGGAGUGGCAGCUUUUCCCGGAGAUCGCGACGCUGCCGCCUCAGGGCUUCAGGAGCACAGCUAGCACCGUGCUGGAUGGGUUUAUAUGUUGGCAAUGCGAGUCCAUUAACGGGGUGGCUAUCAGCGAGUACAUUUUCGUGCUCAACACAGACACAUUUCAGUUCUCUCGAAUGGAUCUGCCGCCGCCCUUGAGAAAGGUACGUCAAACAUUUCAGAUUGGUCAGAUCAAUGAUGGGAAGCUCUGUAUCGUAAAUGAGAAGGAAUGCACGUUUAGCCUUUGGAUCUGGACAGCCAGCGAUGACGGCAUUGAGAGAUUUGUGCUGCACAAGACGUUCCCGUUGUACACUCGCUUUAUGGAUGUCACCAACUGUUCAGUGAAAGAUACAAUCUCAGUGCGGCUUAUGACGGUUUUCAAUGGCUUUUUGUACUUUGCAAUUCGCCCAUGGAGAAAUUACGUGCAUCAGUUCAAAUCCCCUGAGUGGUUCAUGUCCUUGUCUCUGGAAACAGGGGAGCUGAAGCAGCAUCUUAAGAAUAGAAAGCAGCCUAUCUUCCCGGUCCAUCCCUACUCGGUCUGGCCUCCUUUUAUGGAAUACAUCUCGGAGGAUUCAAAAUCUGAGGUUACUGGAAACAGUGUCGAAGAUGGUUCUGAGAUCACAGGAAAGGAGUCGUUUGUCCUUAUAAAAGCAUUACGAUCAUAUAAAGAAGCUUUGAUAAAGGAUGGCAACGCAAAUGUUGCCGAGAUAGAGGCCUUCUCGCUUUGCAUUGACAUUGAGGACGAGAAGAACUCUCUUGUGAGGAAAAUCAUGGCUUUAGAUGAACUGUUAAGAACUGUGAGAGAUCGUGUCUUGAGGGCGGGUGCAGACCCUGAACUCGCAGACUGUGAAUUCUACAGACAGAAGAUCAAACCAGAGAGCUGGUGGAAAAUGUGCAAGGGAAAGUUAUGGAGAGGUUUCUGCGCUAGCUGAAUAAGCCUAUCCAUCAGGAGCAAGUCAGUUUUUGUUGCAUUGGUACUUCAGGUUUUAGGUUCUGUGAUGAUGGUGCUAGGUUUCUGAAUAAACACUGAUGGUGUUGUGACCAUCAUCAGUAUUCGGUAUGACUGGUUGGCAGGAGACUUUUUCUAGAAGUGCAUUUAUGUACGUUAGCUUUCGUCAGCUUAUCUUUCCAUUUUUCUUUUAGAAGUGCAUCUAUGUGCGAGCAAGUUUGAAGAUCA